AUGUGCGAAACGGAUGCAGUAUCACCGCCACCGUUCACCGUCUUCACUAGCCGUCAGCGCACUUACUUCACCUACCUCCUCGGCUACUUGACGCUCGCUUCAUCUUUGACGGCUACGAUCUACCUGCCGCUGAUUGAGAGCCUAAGCAAGCAGUACAAUACGUCUAUACUUGCAAUCGAUUUGACCAUCACGGUCUAUCUCGUCUUCCAGGCAAUUUCGCCAGCUUUCUUCGGCCCAUUGUCGGAUACACUUGGUCGCCGCCCAGUCUUCUUGGUGACUUUUGUGAUAUAUCUCGCAGCAAGCCUGGGCCUGGCUUUCAAUGAGAACAGCUACGCCGCACUAUUAGUCCUUCGGUCCUUGCAGAGCAUUGGAGGUUCGGCUGUGAUGUCGCUAGCUUACGCGGUCGUGGCCGAUAUCUCUUUACCUGCUGAGCGUGGCAAAAUCCUUGGACCAAUGCUCGCAGCUACGAACUUCGGGCCAUGUUUCGGGCCUGUCAUCGGUGGCGGUAUCGUAUUAGCUACGGGACAGACGCAGUGGGCUUUCUGGACGCUCGUCAUCUUUGGCGCAUCUUCUUUGAUGCUGAUCGGAUGGACUAUGCCCGAAACCGGAAGAAACAUCGUCGGCAACGGAGAGGUUUCUCCUCGCGCCUUGUGGAAAACAUGGUGGUCUGUCAUCAGGUCCAGCGGAAGACGGGAAAGACAAAUCGACCCUGAGAUCUCCAGGAACGUAGACUCAGAAAAGCGUGGUAAAGGCGUAUGGGGCUUUCCAAAUCCUUUCUCCUCUGUGCGUCUCAUUUUUUACGCUGACACGUUCCUCACACUCUGGUCAGCAGGCUCCCCAUACGCUGUGUGGUACUGCAUCCAAGCCUCCAUACCACUGGUCUACGGUCAGGGAUACGGCUACAACCCUUUGGCUGUCAGUUUAUGCUUCUUAACCGGAGGCGCAGGAGUCAUCGCGGGCGGCUUCAUUGCAGGCCGUCUCAUGGACUUCAACUACAAGAAGACGGCCGAAUCGUGUGGUCUUCCCGUAGACCGUGUCGCUGGGGACGAUAUUCGAAAUUUCCCCAUUGAGGUCGCUCGUUCCCGUGGCUCGUAUACGUUGCAUAUGCUUUCCAUCGGCACUCUCAUUGGAUAUGGCUGGGCAGUUGAGCGUGGUGUUCAUACCAGCAUACCACUCAUCUUGCAAUUCUUCAUAGGUGCUAGAUGUACCGUCGUACUGCAGCUGUACAGCGGUCUGAUGGUUGACAUCUUUCCGGACAAAGCUGGUACUGCCGCGGCCUCGAACAACAUCGUCCGGUGUACACUGUCGGCCGUCGCAAUCGCGAUACUCCAGCCACUCAGAGAUGCCGUAGGAGAUGGCUGGAUAUUCACCUCGAUUGGGCUCGUCGAUGGCGUACUCGGCAUGUGUGCAGCCGCAGUGCUCAGGAAGUGGGGGUGGAAUUGGAGGCGAGCAAGAAUAGGCCGCGACUGA